UUGAACUCAUUCCAUUUGUGCAGAAAAUUUUAAAUUUUGGGUUAGAACAAAGAGAAUACAUGCUGAUUAAAAAAGUAAAGGUUAAUAACUCAUUUUUGCCUGAACUUUGCAUUAACAUAUUUUUGGUACAUCGGAAAAGAAAAACAAGCUAAUAAAAUGAAGUUGCUAAGUCCUUAGAUAUUUGUUUCCACUCUGAUCCGAUUCAACAAGUGGAGCUCAGCUAAGAGAGUUGGAUGAUGAUAAGGGGAAGGGAAUUGAGAAUAAUGAUCUGAGUUAGAAGGAAAUCAAUUUGUUUUAUUUUUAUGAUUGGAGCAGGGCGGGUACUACUAAUUUCCUCCGCAAUAUUAAGACGAUCCAGGCGGAAAUAGAUCGUGUCAAAUUAAUUCUCCCAAUUGACUGGAAGACUGUGCAAACGCUAGAAUCUGAGUUAAGCAGGCAAUGGGAAGCGGAGGAAGUUUACUGGCAACAAAAAUCGAGGGUCCACUAAUUAAAAAAAGGGGACAAGAACUCGGCUUAUUUUCACACGGUCACUAAGACUCACCGGAAACGUAAUUUUGUGGCGGGCCUUCGAAAUGACGCGGGGGAGUGGAUCACUAAGGAGGGGGGUAAAGCAGACAUUGCCACGAGUUUCUAUCAAAAUCUCUUCUCCUCAGAAUGCCAAGUGCCUAACAUGAGAAACCGAGUGGAAGCAUUACCAAUCGACCGGCGGGUCACGGAGGAGAUGAAUGCCAACCUCACGGCAGUGGUCCUUCCAGAGGAAGUAAGAAAGACGGUCUUCUCAAUGGGAUCGAAGCAAGCGCCAGGGUCUGAUGGCUUUACGGGAAAGUUCUUUAAAUCCUUCUGGAACAUUGUUGGCGAGUCUGUCAUAGCUGCUGUGAGCUCUUUCUUUUCCACUGGAAGAAUGUUACGCAGCUUCAAUCAUACUUGGUUGACCUUGAUCCCGAAGGUUGACAAUGUGGAGAAUAUGAAGCAGCUCCGUCCCAUCAGCCUCUGUCAGUUUGUGUACAAGAUCAUCACCAAAAUUAUGGCAGAGCGCCUGGCUAGAUGGUUACCCCGUAUUGUUUCGGAAGGGAAAAAUGCCUUCAUUCGUGACCGCCAGAUCGUGGAAAAUGUCCUUCUUGGACACGAACUUAUGCAUUACUUAAAAACCAAAACGCGAGGAAAUAAAGGGUACAUGGCUCUUAAGGUUGACAUGGAAAAGGCCUAUGAUGGGGUCGAAUGGCCGUUUCUCCUGGCGAUUCUGGAUAAGUUAGGGUUUAAUGCUACGUGGCAAGGGUGGAUCCAUGAAUGUCUCCGAUCGAGUUCAUUUUCUGCUUUAAUGAAUGGCUCUCCGAAGGGAUUUUUUGCCGCCUCGAGAGGGCUCCGGCAGGGUGAUCCGUUAUCUCCGCUCCUGUUUGUACUGUGCACUGAAGGGUUUGCAGCCCUGCUCAGAAAAGCUAUACCGGAAAAUAAAUUGGAGGGAGUCAAGGUUGCCCCUAGGUCUCCUCGGAUCUCGCAUCUGUUUUCGCUGAUGAUUCGUACCUGUUCCUCCGGGGAUCUCUUCAAGAAUGAGAAAACUUGAUUCUGGUGCUUAACGAAUAUGAGGAGCUUAGCGGCCAGCGGGUUAAUUUGGAUAAAUCGGCGGUUUGUUUUAGCCGUAAUAUUGUCCUCCAGGAUCAAUAAUUCCUUGCUCAAAUCCUCGGUGUGGGGGCCGUGGGGGUCCAUGAUAAAUACCUCGGCCUACCUACCCUGAUAGCCCGAUCCAAAAUGGAUACGUACAGGUACCUGGAGGAAAAGCUCUUGGCUCGCCUGCAGGGGUGGAAGCAACGAACCUUGUUCUGGGCUGCGAAAGAAACCCUGAUCAAGGCGGUGGCUUUAGCUCUACCCUUACAUGUUAUGUCCUAUUUUCGUCUCCCUCUUUCGUUGUGUCGUUUAUUGGAUAGACAUGUGGCCAGAUUUUGGUGGGGAGUGGAGAAUGGGGAGUCUAAAAUCCCUUGGAUGUCUUGGCGUAACAUGUGCAGAAGUAAGCAUGAUGGGGGGAUGGGAUUUCGUCGUUUUGAACAUUUCAAUCAAGCGCUACUGGCUAAGGUUGGAUGGAGGAUCUUAAAUGAGCCCACCUCCUUGCUGGCCCAGGUGUAUAAAGGGAAAUAUUUCCCCAGGGGGGACUUUUUACAAGCAACGGCUAGAUCUCGCCCAUCGUGGGGCUAGCAAAGCAUUCUCUUUGGUCGUCAAUUGCUAGUGCAAGGCCUCCGGUGGCAAAUUGGGAAUGGUCAAGCCGCCCCUCUGUUGGAGAAUAGUUGGAUCCCUCGACUGCACCCGCACAACCCCGUUCCUAAUCCUCGCGUUUUGACUAAUGGGGGACACCCGGUGGUGGCUGAGUUAAUUGUUUCAGGGGAAGGGCGUUGGUGUGACGAGAGGCUAAGCCAAUGGUUUGAUCCCCCUACUUGUCAAGCGGUUAGGGAGAUUCCUCUUCCUCGCAGAAAUAUUGAGGAUCGGCUGAUCUGGCAUAUGAGGCCAGAUGGGGUUUUUACAGUAAAAUCGGCUUAUCAUCUGGUUGUUCGAAUGGACAAAAAAGACGGCCAGUGGCGAUCAACAAUUAGUUGGAUGGAUCGCUCUAGCUGGAUUAGAGUCUGGAAUGCCCCUAUUCCUCCUAAGUUGCGCAUUUUUCUCUGGCAAAUUCUGAAUAGGCUCCUCCCUACAACUGAAGCGCUAAUUGAGAAGGAAGUUCCAGUUCAUCCUUGGUGCCUAGUUUGCUGGGCGGAGUCGGAGACUAUGGAGCAUCUAUUCCUCGAAUGUCCAGUGGCUAGGGCUUUGUGGGACUAUGCGGGGCUGGAAUACUGAUAGACCAAUAAUUACACAUGUUUUUA